AUGCUGAGCGCCUCGUCUUCCAACAAUCACUCACUGUUUUCUUUUGGUCGGCAUGGGGGAAGCGGUGACGCGGGCGACGACACCACAACGGCGUCUUUUGACUUUCUCCCCUCCGUCAGCUUUGACGACCUCCAAAGCAGUCUUGAAACUGCUUCCUCCGAGUUCAAGCUGACCCAAUUUCCUACGCCUACUGGGGAUCGGCCAAUCUUCGACGAGAAAUCCCUACUGGACAAGAUGGCGGGACAGCAAUCGAAUUUCCGCCAGAAUGGCAAUAGUUCACGCGUCGCCGCUCAACCGAACCCAACACCCAAUACCGCAGCCGUAGGAGGUAGACCGAUUAGAACAGCAUCGUUACUUAGGAGGCCCAGCAACUCCAGCAGGCAAGCCGGCGCGGGAUCGGCCCCCUCUGGCGCGCCCAAUUCUUCGAGUAUUGCUGAUGCACCCACUGCACCUGCCGCCAUGAGAAAUCGUCGCCAGAGCCACUACCCCCCGGUCUCCAAUGCUAAUACCAUUGCAAAGCCGUCGAGAAAAUCGGCUGGUCCUGGACUUCUUGACUCUGACUUUGGCGUUCGGACGGCUCAGAAACGACGACCUAGCCUGAUUUCAAGUGGUGAGGGCAAGGAUAAUGGCCCGCGUACAUCUUUGGAAAUCUUCAGUGGAUUUGGAGGAGAUGCGAAAAAUGCACCGUCCUCCCGAGCGACAAAAACUAGGUCCAUUCAGCCUGCACCGAGAUUGUCCACCUCCAAUUUCUCGUCCAGCACAGGCAGUAGUGGCAGUCAACUGACUCCUGACGGCAACCGCAAGUCAGUGCUCUUCCCGCGCUCUCCCAGAGCUGGAGCACCCACCACCCCCGGCUCUGGAAGGAGAGCCUCUGUUAUGCCUGCUCACAAUUCUCAUGUUAGUGGUCUUGGUGCUAGAACGAUUUCGCCGACAGACGCGCAAAGGAUGAAGCGCAUGUCAAUGCACCAGCCGCAAAGUUUGUCCCAGGUCGCGAGUACACUGCCAGCGUCAACCGACCCACGGCCAAGUUCGCGAUCACCUUCAAUGAUUCCGCGCAAAACUUCCACUCCCUCCUCGCAGAGAACCACACCGGAUCCCAACCGAAAAUCGUACAGUUCUGGACUCUCUGCCACAUCCAACGCGAGUUUUAACACCCAGCGAACAUCGACCGGAUCGAUUCAACGUGGUGUUAAUGCCCCAAACUCGUCCAACUCGAGAUUGCCGGCCCCCAAGGCAGUGGCCAGUCUUAGCAACACUGCCCCGGCUGAUGAGGAGGAAGACGUACCCCCCGUUCCAGCCAUUCCUAAAGCAUAUGAAUCACCCAAGGAUUCCCCGGCCGAAGUAGCUUUUAUGGAGAAGAAGAAGGCGAAUCAUGCUUUUGACGCCAGCAGUAUUAACAGUACCUCCACGGGAACAUUGUCAAACGCGCCCUCUUUUGAGCCGCUAUCUCAGGUGCAGCGGAAACCAAGUACACGCAAAAUCAGGGCCACCAUGGGUGGUGCCACCUCGGAUGGAGAGAAGAAAACAUCUGCUCCUGCGCAGCCUAAGAAGAACUUGGCUCCUUUGAGACUACCACCGCUCAACCUAGGGCCGCUCAGUACGCCGACAGCUGCCAAGAUUGCGUCUUACAACAAAGACGUAGGCAAUGGUGAUGGUAAAGUUAGCCCGCCGCCCAACCGGAUAAUCGCCAAAACGCCCACCACUCCCAUGACUGCAUCAAAAAGCAGUUUCUUCUCUCGUGGCCACAAGGAUCGGGACCCGGAGAAGCCAGCUCAGCGCUCCAAUACUGCAGUGCACCAUAGCCGAUUGGAUAGUCCCACAGGUGGCUUGAACAGCUCGCCGGAUUCUAUACCGGACCUGCCUGUUGAUACACCAUCGCAGAAGCCCGCAAUUUCUCCUUUCCUCUCUUCGUCACUACCGAAGAAUGAAAGUACCUUCGGUGCAAACCUGGCAAAAGCGAAAACAAAUGGUAGCAACAGUACGGUGCUGCCACCUGAUGCCAAUACAGCCGCGGAACCUAGACCUCAACAGAAGCCAUCUGGCCCUAGGGCGCCCAAGCUGGCAAAGACGUCUACAAAGUCACCGGUCCCGAGUCCCGAAGAACCUCAAGAGCCGCAAACGCCGUCGUCUAUGAGCACCUUGAGGCGAAAGCUGAGUCUCUCUUGGAAACGAAGUGCCUCAAAGAGCAGCAGCCACCAAGCUCAUGGCUCGGUGGAUAAUGGUAAAGAUCAUGCACGCCAAGAAAGCAUGCCCCCGCCACGUAUUCCAAUUUCAGCCACUUUGGGUUCAAUGAAGGCUUCUAGUCCAAACCAUGCCGGCAAGCCCUCCACUUCGUAUCUCGAAUCAAGAAGAAGAAAGAGCUCUGCAUCUAGCUUGACGGCUGUCAUGGCACAAGAGAAGGGUAAAAAUGACGCCAUCGCUAAUGUCAAGAAGAAUUCUCUCGAAGUCGGCAACAGCUCGAUGAUCGAGACUACAACCACUGCUUCAAGGGCCCCCUCCAUGCAAAGAUUGUUGCGCCCGAGACCAUCAACAGUUUCUGUCAAACCAGAAACAUAUAUCGCCGAUGUGGACAAGGACGAUCUCCUGGCCGAUGAAGAGAUGAAGAAAAUUGCAUCUAAAAGGAGAGAAACCGAGUUGGCAGCCAGGACUCUUGAUGCCCUCCGCAAGCGGGCCACACCGAAGGAGCGCGUUGGGCCUCAGGAAGCAAUCCGCAUUGCCAUGCUCAACAUAUACGAACGUGGCGAGAUCAUUGACUACAAGGAUAUUUAUUUCUGUGGAACGCAAAACGCAGCCAAAGUAAAGGGCGACGUUUCGUCCAGCGCGCCAAACUUUGGAUAUGAUGAUGAGCGUGGUGACUAUUCCAUCGUUGUUGGCGAUCAUCUUUCAUAUCGCUACGAAAUCGUGGAUGUGUUGGGCAAGGGAAGUUUUGGCCAGGUCGUUCGCUGUAUUGACCACAAGACGGGUGUGCUUGUCGCUGUCAAGAUUAUACGAAACAAGAAACGAUUCCACCAGCAGGCUCUUGUCGAAGUUAAUAUCUUGCAAAAGAUCCGCGAAUGGGACCCGAAGAACAAGCACAGCAUGGUCAACUUUACACACAGCUUCUACUUUAGAGGCCAUCUCUGCAUUUCCACUGAACUCCUCGACAUGAAUCUUUACGAGUUCAUCAAGUUGAACAAUUUCCGCGGCUCCUCUUUGAAGCUAGUCAGGCGCUUCACCAAGCAAAUGCUCAGCUGUUUGACCUUGCUCAAGCAGCAUAAGGUCAUCCACUGUGACCUGAAGCCGGAGAAUAUCCUGUUGAGGCAUCCCAUGCACUCUGAACUCAAAGUCAUUGAUUUCGGUUCAAGCUGCUUCGAGAACGAAAAGGUAUACACAUACAUUCAAUCCCGAUUUUACCGCUCCCCCGAAGUUAUUCUUGGUAUGACUUACGGACUGCCCAUUGACAUGUGGAGUGUCGGCUGUAUUCUCGCCGAACUUUACACUGGAGUGCCAAUUUUCCCGGGAGAGAACGAGCAAGAGCAGCUCGCUUGCAUUAUGGAGGUGUUUGGGCCACCCGAAAAGCAUUUGAUUGAGAAGAGCACUCGGAAGAAGCUUUUCUUUGAUUCCAUGGGCAAGCCGCGUUUGACAGUGUCCAGCAAAGGGCGGCGAAGGAGGCCAUCCUCCAAGACUCUCCAGCAGGUCCUUAAGUGCGACGACGAGCCUUUCCUGGACUUCCUGUCCAAGUGUUUGCGCUGGGAUCCGGAUCGGCGUAUCAAGCCAGAAGAGGCCGUGCGACAUGAAUUCAUUACGGGCCAGAAAGCUGGAUCAUCCAUGGCUCGAGUGGCAGCAGUAGCACGUGAAGCAUCGCCAAUGAAGCGUCACAACACUAUUUCGGCUCCCCGACCUCUACCUGACCCGCCAGCAGCCACCAACAGGAUUGUCCCUCGUAUGGGUCCUUCGCCGCACAAGCCCGUUGCAGCAGCUAGAGGCGCCUCUGGUAUCACUGGACCCUUCACUUCAGGAGGCAUCAAGAGGACAAGCACUGGUCAGAGCGGACUUUCAGGAACUACCGCACCAGGCAGUAGUUUACCUCGCGUCGCUGGACGCAGUGUUAGUGCCAAGCAAGACCUCGCAUCGGCUGGCGCUACGGCCGCCAUGAGUCGCCGAGUGUAG